AUGACCUCUGAUGAUGGUUGAUAGAUUCUUCUUCUUCUUCCUCAGUUUGUCCUCCUCAUCCAGAUGAAGAACCGAGGAGGAGGAGGCUGGAUGGACACUCGCCUGAAGCAACGAGUGGAGCAGUAUAUGGCCUCCAGCAGCAGCGAAUAUGUGGACCUUGCAGAAAUGGCCGUGGACCUUCAGAGACAGUUCAGGAUGGACUACGGACGGAGAAACAAGACGGCCUUUAGGAUCCAGGUGGAGAAAGUGUUCAAGGCCGUCAAAGAGGAGGUGGAGCUAAACGACCUGGAAAGCAAACAUCUGGCCAAGAGAGCCCGGAGCAGCUGCAAUGAGACCAGGGACAGCAGCAGCAGCUCGGAGGACUCCUCAGACAGCGAUGAACAGGUGCUGGGAAACACGCCCAACAGUUCAGUUACAGCCCUGUACCGUAAGGGCCCUACUGCAGCAGGCAGAACCAACCCAGCUCAAAAUGAAGGCACCGUAGUUUCCCCUGGAGGCUGGUUCAUUGACAAAGGCAGAGGCCCCACGACACGACCCGUCUUCAUCGACCUUUCGAAAGACGAGUCAGUGGACACAGAAGCAAAUAGAGGUGCAUCCCAACUGGAGCCUGAGACGAAGAGGUCAAAGAAGAGGUCAAAGAACUCGGCCCAUUCUGCAGACUCCCAGGGAGUGAUCAAGAAUAAGAAAGCAAAGUCCAAGUCCCCAGAGCUGCAGUAUCCCCACCUGAGGUUUGAGGAUGUCGGGGGUAAUGAGGAGAUCCUAACGGAGGUGUGCAAGCUGCUGGUUCAUAUGCGCCACCCAGAGGUCUACCAGCACCUCGGGAUGGUUCCUCCCAGGGGCUUCCUGCUGCACGGACCUCCUGGCUGUGGGAAGACCCUGCUGGCCCAGGCUGUGGCUGGGGUGAGCCAGGCUGCAGAAAAGCGAUGUGUCCGUCUGGGAGCUGGGUUCAUUUAGCAGAGAAUGAGAGGCUGUGGGUUUGUGUUUCAGGAGCUGCAGAUCCCCAUGCUGAAGGUGUCUGCUCCAGAGCUGGUAUCUGGGGUGUCAGGAGAGUCGGAGCAGAAGCUCAGAGAGCUGUUUGAGCUGGCUAUGACCUCCAGUCCAUGCAUUGUGUUCAUCGAUGAGAUAGAUGCCAUCACGCCUAAGAGAGAGGUGGCUUCCAAAGACAUGGAGAGGAGGAUCGUGGCCCAGCUGCUGACCUGCAUGGACGAUUUGAACAGUCUCACAGUGACUGCUCAGGUACUGGUGAUCGGCGCCACCAACAGGCCGGACUCCCUGGAUCCGGCCCUCCGCAGAGCCGGCCGGUUUGACAGAGAAAUCUGUCUGGGGAUUCCCGAUGAGGGCGCUCGGCUCAGGAUCUUGAGGACCUUAUGUCGGAAGCUGACACUGCCCGCGGAUUUCAACUACCAGCAGCUGGCCCGGCUCACUCCAGGCUACGUGGGAGCGGACCUCAUGGCUCUGUGCCGGGAAGCUGCUAUGGCUGCCGUGAACCGGGUUCUGCUGGAAACCAGGCCAUUGGCCCAGACUCCGCCGGACUGCCCUGAACAACCGUCAGGAAGUCCGGAGCAGAUGGAGGCUGUGACUGAUGAGGUUGUUAGAACUGAGCAGGAGGGAGAACUUCAGCAGCUCCUUGGCAUAUUGAAGAACACGGACACGCUGUCGGAGCAGGAGCUGGCUGGACUCUGCAUCCUCAUGUCCGACUUUCAGGACGCUCUGGGCCGGGUUCAGCCUUCAGCCAAGAGGGAGGGCUUUGCCACAGUACCAGACGUGACCUGGGAGAACGUAGGAGCUCUGCAGGACAUCAGGGAGGAGCUCACCAUGGCAAUACUGGCUCCUGUCCGGUCUCCGGAGCAGUUCAGAGCCCUGGGGCUCAGCGCACCAUCUGGGGUUCUGCUGGCCGGGCCUCCAGGCUGUGGGAAGACCCUGCUGGCUAAGGCAGUGGCAAAUGAGUCAGGCCUCAACUUCAUCUCCGUCAAAGGUCCAGAGCUGCUAAACAUGUAUGUGGGGGAGAGCGAGCGAGCCGUCCGCCAGGUCUUCCAGAGAGGACGCAACUCUGCUCCUUGUGUCAUCUUCUUCGAUGAGAUUGACGCCCUGUGUCCUCGCCGUUCAGGCCACGAGUCAGGAGCCAGUGUGCGGGUCGUCAAUCAGCUGCUGACAGAGAUGGACGGCUUGGAGACGCGAAAACAGGUCUUCAUCAUGGCUGCAACCAACAGGCCGGACAUCAUUGAUCCUGCCGUCCUGAGGCCUGGGCGCCUGGAUAAAACCCUAUAUGUUGGGCUGCCGUGUGCCGCAGACCGCCAUGCCAUCCUGAUGACUGUUACUAAGGGUGGGACCAGACCUCAGCUGGAGCAGGACGUCCGCCUUGAGGACAUCGCCUUUGAUGAACGCUGUAGUUCCUUUUCAGGAGCUGACCUGACGGCGUUGGUGAGGGAAGCGUCUGUAAACGCCUUGAAGGUCUUCAUGAAGUCCCAGCUUUCUGGUCAGACCCACCCCUCUGGCUCCACAGCCGAUAUCAAGGUCACCAAACAGAACUUUGAGGAUGCCUUCAAGACCAUUCAGCCAUCCGUGUCCAAAAAGGACCAGCUGAUGUAUGAGAGGCUCAGGGAGUCCCUCAGCAGAUGACCACUGAACCAGAACCAGAUGGUUGCUUUCCCACGGAAGAAUCGCUUUUCCUGUUGUUUUUUUGGUUUUAAAAUAAAAUCCUGAUUCAAACUUCU